AUGCCCCCUGAAUUCUCAGAUGUCGAAGGCUUGAUUCUCAAUGUAGAAGUGUUCAGAGACCUGGCCUUCGGAAGUGAUUGGAUUAUGCGGGCCUUACCCUAUCACCAGACUAAUCCAUUGAUUAAUUCAUCACUAAAGAGACUGUUAGAGGGUGGAGCCAACUGCGGAAUGCAAAUUACUGGGAGUGUGCCCUUAAACGAUAAACAUGCAUGGAUAACAACAGAAAAUGGUAUUGGAAUAGUAAGAAUCAGCAAUUUUGCACCAGAAGCUUUGGGGGAUGCUGUAUACUGCUGUCUGCCUAAAGCUUUGACAAAAUUGAAAAAGCAAAAUGAGUUUGGUGCCUUGGAAAGUGUGAACGCUGCCAGUGAACUCUGCUCUCCUCUAUCAGGAGAAGUAACUGAAAUUAAUGAAAAACUUGCAGAAAAUCAGAGCUUGUCAAGAAAUGGGGUUAUGAUGAAGGUUGCCUGA